CACGUCGGCCACAAACCCCCCGGCAUCCCCCGACCGAAUACCAUGCCCGACCAUCUCGAGCUUGCCCGGCUAACCUCACCGGCUACGCGUACGGAGAGAACGCCAGUGACGAUGCCUGGGGACGAACAUCUAGAUCAUGACCUUCAUAGGCGAACACUGCGGAAACUCGACUUGCUGCUCCUUCCCUUUCUCGCCCUGCUAUUCCUCUUCAACUCCCUGGAUAAAACCAAUAUUGGAAAUGCCGAAUCAGCACAUUUCACUACCGACAUUGGACUUGAGAAGUCUGAUCUGAACACGGCUGUAGCCCUCUUCUUUGCCUUCUUCGUCUCCCUGCAGCCUGUAGGCGCAGCUCUAGGCAGAAAAUAUGGAAUGGUUCUCUGGGUGCCAAGCUGCAUGCUCCUCUGGGGAAUCUCAACCGCUUUACAUACGUGGGUCACUGCGAGGUGGCAGCUUUAUCUGCUUCGCAUCAUUAUCGGGUGUCUGGAAGCCGGCUUCUAUCCCGUCACUGUUUCCUAUCUAUCUCUCUUCUAUACGCGAUUUGAAUUUGGUAGGCGUCUGUCUUUGUUCUAUGGCCAGGCUGCUGUUGGAGGUGCGCUCGGCGGCCUUCUCAGUUACCUAGUUUUUUCCAUGUUUCCAGACGAGCACGACGAGAACGGAGAGCACACAAAGUCAAACUGGCAGAACUGGCAAGUUCUGUUCUUACUCGAAGGGAGCUUGACCAUCGUCAUAGCAAUACUGGGCUACUUCUGGCUUCCUCACAACGUGGAAACAUCCUGGUUUCUGUCUUCACAGGAAAGGAAGUAUGCCUCCUCCCGUAUCAUCCAGGACCGCGAAGUUCAAGCGAAUCCCGACUACGAAUCCUCGAUAGAUCCUGGAGAGGAGCGAGAGCAUGACGAUGAGUCGCGUGGCUUGCUGAACCCGUCCCAGUCAUCUGCCACCUCCACCGGAAAGGAGGUCACAUAUGAGCGUGGUCUGAGUCCACACGACGUCGUAUCUGCGUUUCUUUCACCCAAGAUAUGGCACAUCCUAGGAUGCAACAUCCUGUCUGCCGUUCCGGUGUAUGCUUUCCAGGUGUUUCUACCACUCGUUCUGGCCCCUCUUACAGAUUCUCCGAAUCCAGCUCUGGUGAACUUGCUUGCUGCUCCGCCCAAUAUAUGUGGUGCCAUUAUGCUUUACAUGUUUGCAAGCUACAGCGACCGACACCGUAUUCGGAUCUUGCCCAUUCUAGUUGGGCUUGUGAUCAUGGUAGUAGGCUUGGUUCUCGUCGUCGCCUUGCCUACUACCAAAGGGUGGGCGAUCCCACGAUAUCUGGCGUUAAACGUCCUGCUUUCAGGGACCUUCAUCGCCUCUCCUCUUACUGUGGCGUGGAUAUCCGACAAUACACCUUCGCCUGGUAAACGUGCGCUUCUACUUGGCAUCAACGGCUGGGGAAACCUCGCAGGCGUGCUCUCCGCGCUUCUUUUCAAGCCAAAGUACGCAGAAUCUGGCUAUAUCGUGCCUUUUUGGUGGACACUGGCUUGCGUAGCUGCUGCUGCUGUGGGCUAUUUUCUAUUGUGGCGGAAUCUCAAAACAGAGAAUGCUUCGCGAAAGAAAAUACUGAGCGGUUGGGAGGAAGAAGAGGUGGCACAGGAAAAGACUGACGGCCAAGGCCCCCUCGAGCAACCUCAUGUAGUGAUGCGCUUCUUGAUCGGUGCUCUGACCAGAUUGGGAAUGUCUCCUAGGAUCUUGAAGGCGUUCAAAGAGGCUACUGAAGGAGGGAGAGAGGGCGACGAGAAGAUUACCUUCGUGUACGGACUUUGA